UCAGGACCGCAGCAGAGCAGGGACAGCUGGAACACCAGCAGCUUGGCGGAGCUGAGUGCUGGGGAACACAGACGUGCGAGUCUGGCGUGGUCCAAAUUGGUGGUUUCUUGGAAGCUGGUGGCGUGUCCCUUUGCUUACUGCACUCCCGUACACCCCACUUGGCCAGCUUGGAUGGAUGCCUUCGAGGACACAGUGCUGCGGCUGCGGGAGGCCUUCAGCUCGGGGCGGACUCAGCCGGCUGCAUUCCGGGUGGCACAGCUGGAGGGCCUGGGCCGCUUCCUGCAGGAAAACAAGCAGCUGCUGCAGGAUGCACUGGCCCAAGACCUGCAUAAGUCUGCCUUCGAGUCAGAAGUGUCCGAGAUUGCCAUUAGCCAGGGCGAGGUGGACUUGGCCCUCAGGAACCUUCGGGCCUGGAUGAAGGACCAGAAGGUGCCCAAGAACCUGGUCACCCAACUAGACUCGGCCUUCAUCCGGAAGGAGCCCUUCGGCCUGGUGCUCAUCAUCGCCCCCUGGAACUACCCUCUGAACCUGAUCCUGGUGCCCCUGGUGGGGGCCAUUGCGGCAGGCAACUGUGUGGUUCUGAAGCCAUCAGAGAUCAGCAAGAGCAUCGAGAAGAUCCUGGCUGAGGUACUGCCCCGCUACCUGGACCAGAGCUGCUUUGCCGUAGCAUUGGGCGGCCCCGAGGAGACGGCGCGGCUGCUGGAGCACAGAUUUGACUACAUCUUCUUCACAGGGAACCCUCGUGUAGGCAAGAUUGUCAUGGCUGCCGCCGCCAAGCACCUGACGCCCGUCACCCUGGAGCUGGGGGGCAAGAACCCCUGCUAUGUGGAUGACAACUGUGACCCCCAGACUGUGGCCAACCGCCUGGCUUGGUUUCGCUACUUCAACACGGGCCAGACCUGUGUGGCUCCUGAUUACGUCCUGUGCAGCUCAGACAUGCAGGAGCGGCUGCUUCCCGCCUUGCAGAAUGCCAUCACCCGUUUCUAUGGCGACGACCCCCAGAACUCCCCCAACCUGGGCCGCAUCAUCAACCAGAAACAUUUCAAGCGGCUCCAGGAACUGCUGAGCUGUGGCCGCGUGGCCAUCGGUGGUCAGAGUGAUGAGAGCAAUCUCUACAUCGCACCCACAGUGCUGGUGGACGUGCAGGAGAUGGAUAAGGUGAUGCAAGAGGAGGUCUUCGGGCCCAUCCUGCCCCUGAUGACUGUGAGGAGCCUGGAUGAGGCCAUUGACUUCAUCAACCGUCGGGAGAAGCCACUGGCCCUGUACGCCUUCUCCAACAAUAGCCAGGUGGUCAAACAGGUGCUGGCCCGGACCAGCAGUGGGGGAUUCUGUGGGAAUGACGGCUUCAUGCACAUGACCCUGGCCAGCCUGCCCUUCGGAGGAGUCGGUGCCAGUGGAAUGGGCAGUUACCAUGGCAAGUUCUCCUUUGACACCUUCUCCCACCACCGAGCCUGCCUGCUGCGCAGCCCAGGGAUGGAGAAGAUCAACGACCUCCGUUACCCCCCCUACUCAUCGAGAAACCUGAGGGUGCUGCUGAUGGCCAUGGAGGAACGCAGCUGCAGCUGCACACUGCUUUGAGCCUGUGGCCACCAGGUGCCCAACCCCACUCCCCGCCAGCUGCUGCAGAUGUGGCCUAGGAUCCAAAGCACAAGGACACUUGAUAGGCUACAGAGCAUCUCCUCAGAACAGAGCAAUGCCGCCUUCUUCCCUCUGGAGAUUCCCUUUUUGGGCCUUCAGCUGCCCUCCCCCCCACUAGGAUAAGCUGAGUGGGAACAUGAGACAGGUGUGCAGUGACAGUGACCUGUUCCCUUCCUCCUGCACCAGCCACCCAGGUCCUAGGAGAAGAGGUGCAGCAGAGGAGCCCUGGCAUCUGUCACACCUUGGAACCUGUGUGACUGUGCCAUCCCUGUCUUCUAUAAGCCUGUUUCCUCAGGUGUACACUAGAACCUGAGGUGAUGAACAACUGAUGCCUUCUGAGAUUGUAUGAGGAUUAAAUUAGGGAGGUGCAGACACCAA